AUCUUACCUCUCCGCACUUAUUGACAUACGCAGUAUACGCUAUAUGUAGCCAAUUGCCCUCCAUGACAACUCAACCGUUGCAAUUUCCCCAAGAGUAACACAAUUUCAAGACUGUACCUAUACUCCAUAGCAAACACCGCUUUCCGUGCAACCUCCUCCACCAAACAUUUUAUCCCUUUGAAUCCUAAUCCUAAAGAGCAACAAAAAAACAACUCGCUCAUCGCACAUAACCGACCCCUCUAUUGCUACUCAACUGCAGCCCGUGAUUAAACAUCGAAUCCUGGACCCCAUCACCAUCAUCUCUAUCUCAAUCGCUCGUACCUCCGCGAAAAUAACCUGCAACGCAACGCUUUAAAUCCCUCCUCCAAAUUUACCCCUACACAAUAGACCACCCGCUGGCUACUACCACCAUCCUGGCCACAUGUUCAACGCUCCUUAACCACGUUGCCUCAUGGACUACACCGUCGCUGCGCUACUCGGCUUCUAGGAUAUAAGUCAAGUGCCCUCGCCGCUGUAUAUAAUUUCUUUUUCGCUUUUUCCCCCCACUCAAGUUGAAAGUCAUUGAACUUGUCCACCAUGGCGACGACGGAAAAUGGUCCAAAGAUAGGAUUUCUCAAAGCCACUCGUUCAUUUUUCAAUCGGAACUCAGCCUCUGCCAAUAGCAAUGGAGAAGAGGACAAGGAGGCCGUGGAGAGUGAGAGUAGCGAGAGUAACGAGAGUAGCGAGACUGAGGGGGGGGAUAUGGGACGCCCAACAACAAAAUGGAGUCUGGGAAUUCUAAAUGUUCCUACCACACAUGAAGUACCUGGUAUAAUACCCAAGCCUACAAUUGAAAGGAUAUUCUGCUAAUUCUACCAUUCCAGGUUCGGUCAUGCUCCUGUCUGAUCACCGCAAUCAUCCUUUGGGACUUCGAAAUGUGCCAGCGGUAACUUCAUCCUCGUCUCUUCCGCCGCAGAUUGCAACGCCUAUUCAGAGCCGGAGAUCUUCGCGCCAAGAGGUGGUACAAGAUCCAAAAAAGACGACUCCAGAUGGUGCCAUUAUCCUUGAUCCCCAACCAGAAGAAACCAACAAUGACCCUCUGAACUGGCCAAAAUGGAGAAGAGAUGCUGCAUUGCUGUCUUUGGGUAUUUACUGUAUGGUCGGUGGUGGUAUGACACCAAUCUUGGCCGCAGGCUUUUCUGAUGUCGCUGAAACCUACGCCGUGACCGUACCAAAAGUCGCCUUGACAACGGGCUUGUAUAUGAUGGGCCUUGGAGUAGGCUCUGUAUUCGCCUCUCCGACCGCCAUCCUGUACGGAAAACGUCCAGUCUACCUAUUCAGUGCCGUUCUCUUCGUUGCUACCUCUGUAUGGUGCGCUGCGUCUCCAUCCUACAUAUCCUUGUUAGUCGCUCGAAUUUUCCAAGGAAUCUCAGUCAGUUCGGUUGAGUGCCUUCCAUCUGCGACUAUUGCCGAGAUCUUCUUUCUUCAUGAACGUGCUUAUCGAAUUGGUAUCUAUACGUUACUUUUACUUGGAGGCAAGAACUUGGUACCUCUCGUUAGUGCAGCCAUUAUUCAAAGUAUGGGAUGGAGAUGGGUUUUCUGGAUUGUCGCCAUUGUUGUCGGCUUUUGUGGGAUGCUACUAUUCUUAUUCGUUCCUGAGUCGUUUUGGGAUCGAACGCCCCAACCGAAAGCCCGAAGACCCUCUCAGCACUCGAGGUCUCUGUCUAGAACUUCUUUAUUUUCACCAAAGAGGAUUUCCGUAGCACCCUCUGUGAAUGAAGAUGAAGGAAAACAGGGCCCUCUCAGAUCACAAAAACCACAGAAACCUCCACUUACGCACCGGGAUACUACCCGAAGCGUAGGUUUUGCUGAUGGUGAUGCACCAGACUUGGAAGAACAAGUGGACGGAGCCACUUCUCAAGCAAGUCGACCACAACGGCCAAGUCUCGCCCAUCACGACUUUGAGGCCAGAGUUCAGCCAGCAGGUGGUUGCCCACCAACCCCGGAUCUCCACGAUAUCAACUCCCCAACCUAUACGGCUGCCCUGGAAAAUUCGUCAACUUACAUGCCUACUGAUGGUAAAUUCUCCAAAGAAGAACUUCGCCCUGUUCACGAGGGGAAAAUUACUUUUCAGCCCGACAUCAUGCCACUUUCUCAACGAUACACUCGUGCUCUAAGACAAUCACCACCCUUAUCAUUUGUUCAGCAGAUGAAGCCAUUCCGAGGUAGACUAAGUAACGAUAGAUGGUUCCGAGUUGCCUUGCGUCCAUUUAUCUUAUUUGCAUAUCCUGCUGUACUUUGGUCUGCUGGAGUCUAUGCUUGUGCUGUCGGUUGGCUGAUUGUUCUCUCGGAAUCCGUAUCCGAGAUCUAUCGUAAGCAUGAUACUUAUAACUUCUCUGCACUAUCUACCGGUCUUAUUUACAUCUCCCCAUUCAUCGGCGGUGUUCUGGGUACAGCUGUUGCGGGGAAGGUUAGCGAUGUCAUCGUUCGAGCCAUGACGAAACGAAACGGAGGACUUUAUGAGCCGGAAUUUCGUCUCGUCAUGGGAGUUCCUAUCACCAUCACCACCGUCGCUGGACUCAUGGGCUACGGAUGGUCGACACAAGAAAGAGAUGCCUGGAUUGUACCGACUGUCUUCUUUGGCAUUAUCUCAUUUGGUUGUUCCCUCGCUUCCACGACCGCCAUCACCUUUUGUGUGGAUAGCUACCGUCAGUAUGCGGGCGAGGCGCUGGUGACGCUCAAUUUCAGCAAGAACAUCUUCCACGGUCUUGUUUUCAGUCUGUUUUUCAAUCACUGGUUGGAGGCGGAUGGGUCGAGGACGGUGUUCAUCUGGUUGGGUGUUAUACAGCUGGUGCUUAUGGGCUCGACGAUUCCGAUGUAUAUCUUUGGGAAGAGGGCGAGGAUGUGGACGGUUAAGAUGAACUUUAUGGAGAAGUUUUAGAGGGGUAGAGGGGUUUGUUGUGUGGUGAUGAUGACUCUUUUUCUCUUUUGGACUGGAUGGGUUUCCUUGCAUGUUUUCUUUUGACAGGAUACGGGUUUUGUUUUGGGGAUUACUUCCUUCCUUCUUUUUUUGAUACCACACUUUUUUAUGAUUGAAUGAGAUGAUGAAAAGGUGCUUUGGAUGGUUGUGUUUUUCUUUUGCGUGCAUUGGCAUUGGAGGAGUUUUUUCUUGAAUACGAGACUGGUUCUUUCUUUGGGGGGUUCGAUGCAUUGUUUUCUUUUAGCAUGCAUGCAUUGUUUGAGCGUCUCUUAUUCACUCACUGUACGUCCUUUGAUUGCAAAAAGUAGAUGAUCCUCCCAGUCCGGUUCAUCAAAUGAGUGAUAUUGUGAUGUUGUAUAUGAUGUCUUAUGCGAUUAUUUAUGGGGUUCUUUGGUUCUUUGGUUCUUUGGUGAUUUUGUUGGUUUUGGUGAUUGCUUGGUUUUUGAAUGGGCUUUCUAGG